GGCGGGCUGGCCGGGACUUCCGGUGCGGGACGGAAGACCCGUCGUCUGUGUUAGACUUUGGGCUGUGAGGUGCCAUGUAUCCUGUACAAUGUGUCCUGCAAGUGCAGAGGACUGUAAGGUGGGGGCCCUUGGCCUCUGUGUCCUGGCUGCUGCUCAGAACCUGCAGGGCACACAGCAAUUACCCCAGCGCUGCAUGCCCUGGUCCAGAGAGGCAGAAAAAUGGAGAGCAAAAGGAUUUCAGCUCUAGGCUGGCCACUGGACCAACAUUUCAGCAUUUUUUAAGAAACACUUCAGCCCCUCAAGAGAAGCCAUCUCUACCUGAGUUGGAGGACCCACCUCCCUAUCUCACAGUGGAAGAACUUCUAGGAAGGCAGAGGAAAGUCUACCUAGAGACCUAUGGCUGCCAGAUGAAUGUAAAUGACACAGAGAUAGCCUGGUCCAUUUUACAGAAGAGUGGCUACCUUCGGACCAGCAACCUUCAAGAGGCUGAUGUGGUCCUUCUUGUCACGUGUUCUAUCAGGGAGAAGGCUGAGCAGACCAUCUGGAACCGUUUACACCAGCUUAAAGCCCUGAAGACAAAGCGGCCCCGCUCCCGGGUGCCUCUGAAGGUUGGAAUUCUAGGUUGCAUGGCUGAGAGGCUGAAGGAAGAGAUCCUCAACAGGGAGAAAAUAGUGGAUCUCUUGGCUGGUCCAGAUGCCUAUCGGGACCUUCCUCGGCUGCUGGCUGUUGCUGAGUCAGGCCAGCAAGCUGCCAAUGUGCUGCUCUCCUUGGAUGAGACCUAUGCAGAUGUCAUGCCGGUGCAGACAAGCCCCAGUGUCACUUCUGCCUUCGUGUCCAUCAUGAGGGGUUGUGACAACAUGUGCAGCUACUGCAUCGUUCCUUUCACCCGGGGCCGUGAGAGGAGUCGGCCUGUUGCCUCCAUUCUGGAGGAAGUGAGGAAGCUCUCUGACCAGGGGCUGAAAGAAGUCACACUUCUUGGUCAGAAUGUUAAUAGUUUUCGGGACAAUUCAGAGGUUCAGUUCAACAGUGCAGCAUCUACUAACCUCAGUCGUGGCUUCUCUGCCAACUCCAAAAGCAAACAAGGAGGGCUUCGUUUCUCUCACCUUCUGGAUCAGGUUUCCAGAAUAGAUCCUGAAAUGCGGAUACGUUUCACUUCUCCCCACCCCAAGGAUUUUCCUGAUGAGGUUCUGCAGCUGAUCCGUGAGAGAGACAAUAUUUGUAAGCAGAUUCACCUACCAGCCCAGAGUGGAAGCAGCCGUGUGCUGGCCGCCAUGAGGAGAGGAUAUUCAAGAGAAGCUUAUUUGGAGCUUGUUCACCAUAUCAGAGACAUUAUUCCAGGCGUGAGCCUCAGCAGCGACUUCAUUGCUGGCUUUUGUGGGGAGACAGAGGAAGAUCACCUGCAGACAGUGUCUCUGCUUCGGGAUGUUCAGUACAAUGUGGGCUUUCUCUUUGCCUAUAGCAUGAGACAGAAGACUCGGGCCUACCACAGACUAAAAGAUGACGUCCCAGAAGAAGUAAAAUUAAGGCGUUUGGAAGAACUUAUUAAUGUCUUCCGAGAAGAAGCUUCAAAAACCAAUAAGACUUUUGUGGGUUGUACCCAGCUGGUGCUGGUGGAGGGGCUGAGCAAGCGCUCUUCCACUGAGUUGUGUGGCCGGAAUGAUGGGAACCUUAAGGUGGUCUUCCCUGAUGUAGAAAUGGAAGAUGUCACUAAUCCUGAGCUCACAGGCAGAGCCCAGCCUGGGGACUAUGUUCUGGUGAAAAUCACCUCUGCCAGCUCCCAGACCCUCAGGGGACACAGCCUCUGUAGGACCACUCUGAAGGACUCCUCAGCACAUCGCUGACCUUAGCAGCUGGCCUCAGUGGACUUGACCAGUCCUUCCCAACAGGAGAGAGACUUGACCGGUCACUAAAGAAAGAAGCAACAAAGCUUGGAAGACAGGCUGCAAGUGGUGAAGCAACUGCAGUGAGUGGAAAAAUGCAUCUCUGCUGCCUCAUGAACAACUGUACAAUCAUUAAAUUUACUUAAA